AUGUUGGAGACACUCCUGCGACCGGCCGUCCUGGCGCCGACCGUGCUGGUUCUGGCAUACAUAAUCCGCCAGCGCUUCUUCAAGAAAUCUGAGCUUCCAGAACUCCCUAUCAUCGGUGUACGCAAAGGCGAUUGGUUUCCUCUUCUGCAAGCAAAAUGGCGCAAUUUCCUAGACUUCAAGGCGGCGGUCAACGAAGCAUACAGACUACAUAAGGAGCAGGCUGUCAUAUGUCCAGUGCUCGGAAUGGGAAAUAUGAUCAUCUUGCCAGCAUCCGAGACUCAGUUCGUCGUUGACCAGCCCGAUCGUAUACUGAACAUACAUGAACAUACAAUCCAGAGCCUACAGCUCGACUACACCGUCAUGGACCCGUACCUGAUCCACAACCCGGUACACAACAAGCUCAUCGUCACGACCCUGACAAACCAGAUUGGUAACCUGGUUCCCGAUGUUAGCGACGAGACGGCAUGGAGUUUCGCCCAGCAUUGGGGCACCGACACGACCGAGUGGAAGGAGGUCUGCGUGUACGACACGAUGCGCAAGGUCAUCGGCAGCGUCACGAAUCGCGUCUUCGUGGGGCUGCCAACGUGCCGUGACCCCGCGCUCCUCGACGCCGGCAUGGCCUUCGCGCAGGACAUACCCCUAGCAUCGCAGGUCUUGCGCGUCUUCUGGAAGCCGGUGCGGGUGGUCGUUGCGCCGCUCGUCACACUCCCUAAUCGCAUCCACACGAAUCGGUUCUACCGCUUGCUGAAGCCAGAGAUCGAACGGCGGCUCCAGGAGUACGACCCUCGCCACAAAGACCCGGAGAGCAAGAUGGCGACCCCUAACCGUAACGAUUUCCUACAGUGGUCCAUCAACCAGGCCAAGGAGUCGGGCGACCCUUACAUGUACCACCCCAAGACGCUGUCGGGCAGGGUGCUCUCGAAGCAGGAGUACAUUGCCGAGCUGCGCGCCGAAAUCUCCUCCGUCCUCGCCGAACACUGCGGCCAAUGGAACAAGCGAGCCCUGGCCAAGAUGCACAAGCUGGACUCGGUGCUGCGCGAGAGCGCGCGGCUCAACUCGUUCGUCACGAUCGGCUUGUCGCGGCUAGUGGUCGCCGAGGAGGGCAUGACGACGCCCUCUGGCGUCCGCAUCCCCAAGGGCUGUGUCGUCAGCGUGCACUCGUACCCGGUCCUGCAGGACCCGCAGGUCUACCCGGACGCGCAACAAUUCCAGCCCUUCCGCUUCGCCGAGUGGAGGCAGGACGAGAACGUCGAGGACAUCAAGCGCGCCCGCAACGCCUUCGCCACCACGUCCAACUGUUACCUCGUCUUCGGCCACGGUCGUAACGCCUGCCCUGGGCGCUUUUUCGCUGCCAACAAGCUCAAGCUCAUGCUGGGCCACCUGGCUAUGAACUACGACUUCGAUAUGCAGGAGUCGCGGCCGAGAAAUAUGUGGUUUGGUCUGAGGCGCGUGCCGCCAAUGCAAGCCACGAUCAAGGUCCGGAGGAGAGAGAGGGCUUGA